GAGAGAAUCACUGAACAGCGAGAAACUGAAAAGAAGCGAGGAGAGUGGGCCAAGACAAGGCGGGCCGUCCUGGCUUCGCGAAGCCACCUCCACGCUCUGCUUCCCCAGGCGUGUGGAGCGGCACUCGUGCAUGUUAUUAACCUUCAGACAUGAUAAAUUACGAAGAUUUCUUUUUCCCCCUUUCCAGGGAGAGGGCUCAGAGGAAGGGAAAUAGACCCCUUUCCUCUUGUGGUACCAGGUAGCUGUGUUCCAACGAGGUAGUCUGGAGAUGAACUGGAUGAAGAAACUCCACGGUCUUGGUGGUCCUCUCAUCUCUGCUUUUGCCUGUACAGCCAUACUGGCUCAGUAGAGCGCUCCCCAGGACAGCACCCAGAGAAAACCUUCUGGAAUCGCCAAUCCAGGGCAAUCACAGGAAAUUGAUUAAGGCAAAGCAAAUAUUCUAGUCUUCUCCAAGAUACGAGAAGGAGGGCAAAGAAGAAUCGCCCAGUGAGACAAAAUUCUUCGUAGGAAUUAUAUUUUCCUUGCUCUCACCCAACAUCGCCUAUCUCAAAAAUAAUUUUAAAAAAAGAAAAAAAAAACAGAGCGUGCUGAGUGCAUUCUGGAUUACUCAUAGGACUUUGUUUUGCCCCCCUUCUGAUCGCAAACCCGUGAGCUGGAUUUAUAAUUGCUCAGAGGCAGUCAGACACCUGCAAAGGAGCCCCAGCGCUCCGCGGACGAGCUGCCCCCGCGAGCAGCGGCCUCGUGAUUCCCCCCGCCGAGCGGGUCCCCGCCUCCCCACUCCGCCCCCGCCUCCCCCAAGCCCAGCGGCUGCCUCUCCCGAGCUCUCUCUUCUUCAGGCUCUCCCGUGCCGGAGCAGGGAUCGUGCAAGCAAGGAAGCAGCCCUGGGGUGACACCCUGCACGUACGCCUGUGACAGAGCUGAGCCGAGCCGGGGACGCUUCGCGGAGGAGUCGCGGGAGGGUCCAGCUCCCUGUCCCUGAACCAAGCCUGUUCCUGCGCCCAGUCCGCGGGAGACCCUUGGACAGUAGGGACCCCAAGACCACCGAGCCUAUGGCAUCUUCCAGUCCUUCGCCUGCAACCUCCUCGAACGCGGGAGCGGAUCCUAAUGCUACCAACCUGCGCCCUACAACAUACGAUACUUGGUGUGGCGUAGCCCAUGGAUGCACCAGAAAACUGGGCCUGAAGAUCUGUGGCUUCUUGCAGAGGACCAAUAGCCUGGAGGAGAAGAGUCGUCUUGUGAGCGCCUUCAGGGAGAGGCAGUCCUCCAAGAACCUGCUUUCCUGUGAAAACAGUGACCCGGGUGCCCGCUUCCGGCGCACAGAGACCGACUUCUCCAACCUGUUUGCUCAAGAUCUGCUUCCAGCUAAGAAUGGGGAGGAGCAAACUGUGCAGUUCUUGCUGGAAGUGGUGGACAUACUCCUCAACUAUGUCCGCAAGACGUUUGAUCGCUCCACGAAGGUUUUGGAUUUCCACCACCCACACCAGUUGCUGGAAGGCAUGGAAGGCUUUAAUUUGGAGCUGUCUGACCACCCGGAGUCUCUGGAGCAGAUCCUGGUUGACUGUAGAGACACCCUGAAGUACGGGGUUCGUACAGGUCACCCUCGAUUUUUCAACCAGCUCUCUACUGGUUUGGAUAUCAUUGGCUUAGCUGGUGAAUGGCUGACAUCAACUGCCAAUACCAAUAUGUUCACAUAUGAAAUUGCACCCGUGUUUGUUCUCAUGGAACAGAUUACACUUAAGAAGAUGAGAGAAAUCAUUGGAUGGUCAAAUAAAGAUGGUGAUGGGAUAUUUUCUCCUGGGGGAGCCAUAUCCAACAUGUACAGCAUCAUGGCGGCCCGGUACAAGUACUUCCCUGAAGUGAAGACAAAAGGCAUGGCGGCUGUGCCCAAACUGGUCCUCUUCACCUCAGAACACAGUCACUAUUCCAUAAAGAAAGCUGGGGCUGCUCUUGGCUUUGGAACCGACAAUGUGAUUUUGAUAAAGUGCAAUGAAAGGGGGAAGAUAAUUCCGGCUGAUUUAGAGGGAAAAAUUCUUGAUGCCAAACAAAAGGGCUAUGUUCCCCUUUAUGUCAAUGCAACCGCAGGCACGACUGUUUACGGAGCAUUUGAUCCAAUACAGGAGAUUGCGGACAUAUGUGAGAAAUACAACCUUUGGCUGCAUGUGGAUGCUGCCUGGGGUGGUGGGCUGCUCAUGUCCCGGAAGCACCGCCAUAAACUCAGCGGCAUAGAAAGGGCCAACUCAGUCACCUGGAACCCUCACAAGAUGAUGGGUGUGCUGCUCCAGUGCUCUGCCAUUCUGGUCAAGGAAAAGGGAAUACUCCAAGGAUGCAACCAGAUGUGUGCAGGCUACCUCUUCCAGCCAGACAAGCAGUAUGAUGUCUCCUAUGAUACCGGGGACAAGGCGAUUCAGUGUGGCCGCCAUGUGGACAUCUUUAAGUUCUGGCUGAUGUGGAAAGCAAAGGGCACUGUGGGAUUUGAAAACCAGAUCAACAAAUGCCUGGAGCUGGCUGAAUACCUCUAUGCCAAGAUUAAAAACAGAGAAGAGUUUGAGAUGGUUUUCGAUGGUGAGCCUGAGCACACAAAUGUCUGUUUCUGGUACAUUCCUCAAAGCCUCCGAGGGGUCCCAGAUAGCCCUGAGCGACGAGAAAAACUACACAGGGUGGCUCCCAAGAUCAAAGCUCUGAUGAUGGAGUCAGGAACAACCAUGGUGGGCUACCAGCCUCAAGGGGACAAGGCCAACUUCUUCCGGAUGGUCAUCUCCAACCCAGCUGCCACCCAGUCUGACAUCGAUUUCCUCAUUGAGGAAAUAGAGAGGUUGGGCCAGGAUCUGUAAUCCCCCUUUGCAGAACCAGAAUCACUGGCCACCCCCUUGCCCCUCUGGCACCCUAGAACACAGCUCUGUCAGUAGCUGACACACCUAGCCAUUUCAUGGAAGGAAAUUAUAAUCUCUUAAAGAUUAUUUGUCACAUCUCACGUAAGCUUGUUUGUUAGAGUUAGCGGGAAAUAAUGUUCUUUUAAAAAAAUAUUGCACAUUAGAAACACAGUAUAUAUGUACAGUUAUACAUACCUCUCUCUAUGUACAUGUAUGUAUAGUGAGUGUGGCUUAGUCUUAGACCACAGCAUGUCACUCGACCCCAGGGAAUGAGCCUCACCCCCAGCAAUUACUAAGAGGCUAACCAUCUCUCAAGCAACUGCAGGGCAGAUGGUACCCACCACUGCAGUGUCCUAGGGACCCAGGGAAAGGCUGUUGGUGGGAGCCUACCUCCAUGCUAGAGCUGUUCCCACAUGAAGGGAUGAUGGAUGACAGAAAGUACCAGUAGAUGACAAAUGUCACACCCUCCCUGUUAGAACCCUGCUAGGGGACAUAGUAGCAGAGUCUUUGUCACAAUUGUGCUGUUGCUGCGUUUUAGAGAUUAAUCUGUGUAAACUGUGUAUAUUACCAUUGUCUAUCUUUGGGCAGGGGGAAGUGCAUAUAAUGACUUAAUUGUACAUCAGUGAGAUAUUUGCUUAUUUAUAUUCAAAUAUAUACCAUGUUAAAGAGACAUCUUGUAUUUUCUUCCCAUUUGUAAUGUAUCUUAUUUAUAUAUUAAUGGAGUAAGUUCUGGAUACUGUUUAUGGUAUUUUCGUGCAUUUGUGAGCCAAAGAGAAAAGAUGAAAAUUAGUGAGAUUUGCAUUUAUAUUAGAGUGCCCUUAACAUAAUGAUUUGAACAUAUGUGUACUGUCUGGAAAAGAGUUCUGGUACUGUACAUAGAGUCAUGUUGUGGAAAUCUUGCUUCAGUAGCCUUCGCUCUUCUCUUUCCCCCCUCAGGCUGUAUGUCAGGUGUUCUCAAAGCUUUUCUAGUAACUGUUGAAUAAUAAUAACUAGAUCUCCUGUAAUUUUGUAGUAGUAUAUGACCAAUCUCUGUGACUCGCUUAGCUGAAACCUAAGGCAACAUUUCCGAAGAUCUCCGAUACACUGACCAGUCCCACAAGUGUUUUUGAAGACAUGAAACCCACACUGUGCAUUUAGAGUAUGCAAGAAGAAUAUAAAUAAAAUAAAAAAUAUUCUCCAUGAA